UCAUUGAAUAGCAGAUUGACAGGGGACCUAGCUUAUUUUUUUGCUUCUUUGGAAAUUGACAGGAAGCCUAACUUAUCUGUCUUCUUUCAGUUCCACUGCAUAUAAUUCCCACAUUGUUCACCGUAGCGUCCUCAUUGAGCCCAAGAUGACUGCGGUUGCUAAUUCCAACCCUGUUCGUGGUAGCAUCCUCCACAAGCUAUCUCUAGUCCUCCUCAUUUGCUUACUCCUCGGGUACAACUGUGAAGCCAUGGGCAGGAAGGCUGAAAAGGCCGCACUUCUUAGCCUUGAGAGAUACUGGGGCCUUCAGACGACUAUCAACUGGAGCUCCAUCAUUGACAGAAGCCACUGUAAGUGGGAUGGGGUCACUUGCACUCAGGAGGGCUUUGUUACAGGUAUUUCACUCAGAUUCUACAAUCUUGCCAAGCCAAUUCCCUUAGAAAUCUGCUCCUUCAAGAACAUUACCAACAUUGACCUUUCGUCCAACAAGAUUCCAGGUUCUUUCCCUACGGUGCUUUUCAGUUGCUCAAGCCUUGAGUUUCUAGACCUCUCAUACAAUUCUUUUGUUGGUAGUCUCCCAUUAAAUAUUCAUUUACUGUCAAAAACGAUUGCCCACCUUAACCUUGAAUCGAAUAGUCUAUCUAGCAGUAUUCCUAGUUCAAUCUGCCAGCUUUCAUCCCUACAAGUUCUGAAACUAUCUUUCAAUCCCUUUGAUUCACACAGAAUAGAUCCACAGUUUGGAAAUUUGACAAACCUAGAAGAAUUGUCAAUGGGUAAUAUGAAUAUAGUUGGUGAAAUUCCAGACACUAUAACCAAGCUGACCCGACUUAGAACCUUAGAUUUGUCUUGUAACACACUGAAUGGGACAAUACCGACUGGGAUUUGGAGCAUGCAGAAUCUAGAGUUCCUUGAUCUACACAGUAACUCUCUGUCCGGUCGCAUACCAGAUGAUUUCUGUAAGCUCAAGAAUUUGUCCCAACUUAGAACCUUAGAUUUGUCUUCUAACACACUCAAGGGGACAAUACCUAGUGGGAUUUGGAGAAUGCAGAAUCUGUCCUUGAUUUUAUUGAACGGCAAUCUUCUAUCCGGUCCACUACCAGAAAACGUCACACAGUUACAAUUAGCCUCCAUCUUCCUCGAUUUCUCUAGUAACCAACUCACGGGCAAGAUUCCAUCUCCUUUCGAGAUGAGCAGAUUUGGUUCGAGCUUUCGUGCCAAUCCCGGUUUAUGUUCCUCCAACCACUUUGGAAACCUUCCUCCAUGCACCAAAUUCCGCUUGACAAUAUUUGUAAUCAUUCUCAUGGUCUUUGGUUCAGCCAUUUUCAUAUGCACAGGGCUGAUUGGUUUAACUAAGAUCAAGGCAUUUUCCUCAAAGGAAAAGGACGAUGCCCCAUCUCCACAGUGGAAGCUUACGGCCUUCCAUGCGAUUGAUUAUGACAUUCAAGACAUCGUUUGCAGCCUCAUUGAUGCAAACCUUGUGGGCAGCGGUGGCUCAGGAAAGGUAUAUAAGAUCUGCCUUGGUGACGAAAACAGCGAGCUUAUAGCUGUCAAGCAAAUAUGGAGUAGUAAUGGCGUACAGGAACAUGAUGUGCUGGAAAAGCAGUUUCAAGCUGAAAUUGAGAUUCUUGGAUCCAUCCGGCACGCCAAUAUCGUAAAGUUGCUUGGCUACAUAUCAAGCUCUGAAUCAAAGCUCCUCAUAUAUGAAUACAUGGAAAACGGUAGCCUGUAUGAAUGGCUGCAUCAGAAAGAUGAACCAACGACUAGUACAAGUAGACAGUUGUUGAACUGGCCGACAAGGAUGUCAAUAGCGAUCGAUGCAGCAAGAGGCCUGUGUUACAUGCACCAUGGUUGCUCUCCUGCUAUAGCACACCGUGAUGUGAAGUCCAGCAACAUCCUUUUGGAUCCUGAGUUUAAAGCGAAGGUUGCGGAUUUUGGUCUAGCUCGCGCACUGCUUAAAGCCGGCGAGCCAGAGUCUGUCUCGGCGGUGGUCGGGUCCUUUGGAUACAUAGCUCCAGAGUUCGGAAGCUCGAGAAAGAUGAACGAGAAAGUUGAUGUGUACAGCUUUGGGGUUGUUCUCUUGGAGCUGGUAACAGGGAGGUGCGCAAAUGGUGGGGGCGGGUACGAGAAUUUGGCGCAAUGGGCAUGGAGGCAAUUUCAUCAAGAUGAGAGCAUCCAUUUGACAAAUGUGAUUGAUGCAGACAUACGAGAUCCAGCCUACUCGCGUGAGGUACAACUGGUGUUCAAGCUAGGGCUAAUUUGCACGGGCACAAACCCAUCAUCACGGCCGUCCAUGAAGCAGGUGCUGCAGGUCCUGCAACGCUGAAAACACACGGUGAUGCAGUUCCAUGAAGCAGGUUCUGCAGGUCCUGCAACGCUGAAAAACACACCAUGAUG